GGUUUUUUUAUGGAGCACACUUGACAACGGGAAUCCUGUGCCUGACACCUUGGGUUCGGGUUUGAAGCAUAACCCUGGUAUUUCGAUGGACUGGACAUUAGAAGAGCAAGUUAUACUUGAAGACGGGUUAAAAACAUUUGCAUUAGAUCUGAGCAUAACUCAUUACGCGAAGAUAGCCAUGAACUUGCAAAAUAAGACAGUACGGGAUGUGGCUUUGCGUUGCAGAUGGAUGAAUAAGAAGGAAACUAGCAAGAGAAGGAAGGAAGAGCACAUUCAUGACAGAAAAAGUAAAGACAAAAAGGAAAGAGUAGUUGAUCCUGCAGCAAAGACUACUCAUUUUGCUGGUCAAUCUAGUAAUCCCCCAUAUCCAACCCCAAUGAUUCCUGUGGACUAUAAUGAUGGCAUUCCACUCGGAGCCAUCGGCGGGGUGGCAGGAGAACUUCUGGAGCAGAAUGCUCAAGCCUUGAACCAAGUAUCUGAAAAUCUUGCGUCUUUUAAGAUACAGGAAAAUAUCGGCCUUCUCUGCCAAACUCGGGACAACCUUCUCAAACUCAUGAAUGAGAUGAAUGAUGGCGUGCCGGAUAUAAUGAAGCAGAUGCCGCAACUUCUUGUGAAACUGAACCUUGAUCUGGCCAACACCAUCCUUCCUCCUCCGCCCCCUCCCAUGUAGCCGUGAUCCUCCUUCCAUCCCGUCAAGCUCGUCUAUUUAGUUCCCCCUUUAAUACAGUGCGACGUGCGGCUCUGCUGAACUGGAAAAUAACUGCCCGUCGACGGGAUCGUCGCGUUUAAGAAA